AAUUUUGAAUUGUUUCGAAUAAACGCGGAAAGUUUAGCUGGUUUAGCCACACAAAUUUAGUAUUCAAUUUAAUAACAAGCAUGUGCAAAAACAUAUUUUUUAAUUGAAAGAAAAAUUUACACAGCUGAUAUAAGAAUUUAUGGAAAAAUUUAUGGAUUUCCGCUUCAACGGAAACAAAUGCGGAGAAAAGGAAAGGAAUCGUUUGAUCCAAUGCCCGAUUGAAUACACGUUUUGUUUAUUUACAUUCCGUAUAUUUACAAUUUGUACGCAAUAAUGGACGUGAAUGGCGAUUCGCCAACUCCUCACGAUAACACUGUAAGUACAGUAUGCAGAGCUGUGGCAGAUUCAAUAUGGAAAUAUAUCAACCGUCCGAUAAUAACGAUAUUCUCCGAUUGGACAAAACCUCAGAAAGAGCAGAUGCUCUGUCAACUUCUGGAAUCUUUGUUGAAAAAAUCUUCUACUUUAACUACUGUAUUAGUUCCACCGUUUAGUAAUAAUCCCGCAGAUAUUACUCUGCAGCAACAAUAUGCAGCAUUUACAACCUGGUUAUUUGGCACAAUGUUCUAUUUGGUGUCCAAACCUCCAAGUGAUGUGGUGCUUGCAAAUAGCAUUGAGGUACAAGCUUGUAUGCUUAGAAUAUUAUCACGACAUCACAUGACAAUGUUUCAGACUAUUACUUCAGAAUACCUAAGUAUACUCGAUGAAAUAGCAGAGUUUUAUGCAAGUGCCACAGAAGAGAUGACUCUCUCAAAGUUUCAUACAGAAAAAGAUAUUAUAGAGAAUUUGGACUUGACACCGUUUCCUGCAAAGAUUACAUCGUUAAACGUUCCGUCAAUUCAAGCAUCUUUAUUAAAGAUAAUUGCGAAAGCUGGUGUUUCAGUUUGGGAUGAAGUAAAGUUAUGGGAUAGAAUUAUGAUAAUCAUGGUUAAUUCUGCUCCAAAUAUAAAAAUUGAUGCAUUACUACUCUUCGUAGAAAUAUUAGAAAACUAUAAUAUUCAUGAUAAUAAAUGUACAACCAUAAUUAUGUACAGCCUAGAAAUAGUGAAAAGUCUCCCAUCUUGGAUAAGAUCAGAUGAGUUAUCUGUACAUAUGUUGUCUCAAUUUGCAGAAACAUUGAUACGUUUAAUACAAUUAUCACGUGUUUCUAUUUAUACAACAGAUUUGUGUUUUCAAGUUAUUAAUUUAAUAGCUUUCGAAUUUGUUACUUCCAAUAUAAAAAUAGAAGCGACAAAAAAGUUAGAAGAAGCUGCGUGUUAUAAAAUUAAACAAUAUUUAAUUGUAGAACCGCGAUCCUGUACUACAUCGGAAAUUAAAAAUCUCUUUGCCUACUUCAAACAUUGUCCAAUUGUUAUCGAGAUUUUGAUGCAAUUUGUUUUUAUCGAUAUUCGACGCGCCAUUAUAGCAGAUAGAAUUAUUCUUGCAACAGAGAUCAGCGAACCGUGGAGAAUGCUAAGAAAAGAAUUAAUGAAUCUCAUGGAAGCUAAAAAAUUCACAACAGUAUUGCAUAUUAUUAAAGCAUCAUCUUUAUUACAAUUGUGGCUAGAAACACAAAAGAUUCAAGUAAACCUAUAUGAGAACGACUUAAAUGCCAUGUUAAAGAUUUUCAUGCAAAACUUAAAUUCCGAUAGAUAUCAAGACGAACAGAUUAUUUUUCAAAUUUUUAUGAAUUUAAUAGCUCACAACGAAUCGAAUAAAGUUUUAUUGCAAUCGAUAUUGGCAUUGCCAUUCACUCAAGAUUUCAAAGGAUCUAUGGACAUUGGCCAGAAAAUGGUGCAAAGAGCAAAAUCUCUGGAUAUUAAAACGAUGUCGGAAUGUCUUAAAACCUUAUGCAUAUAUGGCAGUGGGAAGGAAAGAUUGAAGUUAUUACGCACAUGUGUAAAUGGUGAAAUACAAGUAGCUGUUGCAGCAAUAUCACACAGUGUAUUAUUACUGAAUGAUGCAAGCAUAAAAUUGGAAGAUAUUUGCCAAUAUGUUUUAAACACUGCCUUGUCUUCGACUAAAGUGGAAAUACACGAGGCUCUUGCAGAUGUCUUGGGUCAAGUAGCCUGUGUCUCAUCAGGAAAAGGAAAAAUUAUCUUAUUAAGUGAAUCGUUAGAUAACAGAAAAUGGAGAAUAGAUUGUGAAUGCUGUACAGAGAGUGCAAGAAACGAUGUCAAGUCCAACAUGCAUUAUCUACCGAGAACUUAUGAUCAUAUUUUCAAUACAUACUUCAAACUACUUUCUUCGACUAACGUUACCAUACGUUUGCAUGUUUCUAAAAGUAUUCUUUCUUUUUCAAAUCAUAUAAUGUCAUUUAACUCGAAUGAAAUAACGAAGAAGUGGCUUUCUUAUAUACAUGAUGAAAAUGUUGAGAUUCGGUCAAAUAUUGCGUCAAUAAUCGGGCAAUUAUUAAGUAAUAAAAUUGCUACGGUUAAGAACAACAAUGAAUGUUUGCCGGAUACUGUACCAAACGAGUUGGACGAAUAUGUUGAUCUAAUAAUUAAUAUUAUAGCCACUACACUUAUGACUGCAUUGAAUACUUCCAAUUAUUCUUUACACAAUACGUUACUCGAUACUGCAAAAAAUUUUGUAUGUGUUCCAUUGCAUUUAACGGAAAGGAGAAUUCUGGAUGUAUUUUUAAUUACAAUAACGCAUCCAAAUUCGUCACAUUUAGCUGUAGCGUCCGCCACAGCUAUGUAUCGUAGUGUUGCCGACUUUCUGAACGUUUCUCCAAAAGUUUUAUAUGUUCGAUAUCGAAAAGAUUUCUUGAAACUCUUAAUGUUACGUGCUGUUUACAAUUAUAUAAAUUUCUCAUAUAAUAUGGCAACUACGUUGCAUCGUGUUGCUAAAUGUAUAGGCUACGAAGGAUCACGGCAAUUAAUGCAGAAGGAUGGUCAUUAUGCUGUCUGCUUUCUGAUUGCAAUUAUCGUUGAAAUGCCAAAAGCAAAUCAACUUUUAUAUGAUAUAGCCGACUUGAUUCCUAUGGAUAUAAAGCAGAUGCUUCAAGAAUAUUUUCCGUACAUUUGCAGUUAUGCGUUCUUAAACCCGUCUCUCCGAAUAACUACAGAAUGUUUGAAACUUGUAACAAGAAUAACAGAAACUAGUCUUGCACUUUUGACAAAAGAGUCUUUCAUGGGAAUUUUUGAAGAACUUAUGUUACAUUUUUAUGAAUCGCCUGAAAAAAUAAUAGGUUUGUUAGAAAUCAUUUCAGAAUACGAUACUAGUCUUAGAGGAAAGUUUAAUACGAAAGAGCAAGUUAAGUCUUAUUUGAAUCUACGAUUGCAUGGGAUAUUGGUGAAUUUUGAUAUAAAACUCGGUCCCAAAUCGGAUGAAUAUACGCAACAAUCUGCACUUGCUUCACUAGCCGUUUUAAUUCGUUACAUGGGUGCUAUUUAUUUAACUCCGCUUAGAUACAAAAUUUUAGCCACAUUACGAACAUCGCUUGGAUUCAAAAGACCAGGCUUCUCGCGCUUAGUUUGUGACACGUGGGAUGCAUUUAUUCACAACAUAGCUAUCGAAGACUUAGGAUCACUGUUCCCAACAAUAUGUGUAUCAUUAAUACCGCUACAGGAAAUAUUUCCAGAAAAAGUCAACAACAUGUUAGAAUUUCUAAUUAUUCAAAAUAACGGGGAAUAUAAUGUUCACAUUUCAGAAUUAUUUUUUAUAGACGACAUGAAGGUCCCCACUCAUAUAUCUGAUAUAGUCAAAGCACAUAUUUUGCAAGCAAGACCCGAGGGAUUUAAUGCUAAUUUAAAGUUAUGGUUGAAACGAAUUACACACGAAACUGAUGAAGUGCGAAUUAGAGCCCUGAAACAUUUGCAAAUAUUUUUGGAAGAGCAUCGUAGCGAGCUUAACAAGAUGAUAUUAAGUGAAACCGACGUCCAUCCGCUAAUCGUUGAACUGUUGGAUACUCUGCUGCUUGGAUGUCAAGAUAAAGACGAGUCUAUCCGUUUAUGUUACGGAGAAUGUCUCGGAGAAUUAGGAGCUAUUGAACCAAGUCUUCUUCCGCGAAGAAUUAUUUCUAAAGAUUAUAGUAAAUUUAUAUCAGACAUGAAUGAAGAAUUUGCAUGUGCGCUACUUUCUGAACAUGUGCGGGCUUUUCAGAUGCAAAAGAACAGCCAGAGUAUGGAUUGUUUCUCACUCGCUAUACAGGAGAUAUUAAAGGCAUACGAUAUUUCUCCGCGAGGUCGAAAUAAUGAAUUGUGGAAUAAUUUACCGCUUACAACGCAACAAAUUAUUACCCCUUUUCUAACAUCGCAUUACAAGAUAGCCACUAAUAGUGAUGACAAAGAAUUUCCACAUCCUGUUUAUGGUUCUGAAGCAGGUUCUUCAGUUGAAAACUGGGCUUAUAACUGGUUUUGCAAUAUGUCUAAUGCUGUACGUAAUACAACGCUCAAUAAUGUAUUACAAGCAUGCAAAUUGGCGUUCAAACGGGAUAUAAAAACAUUAAUAUUUUGUUUACCAUAUAUUGUCUCAUACAUAAUCGCAAAUAAUGAAGAAGAAGAACAUAUCAAGAUUCAAGAAGAGAUGCUAGCCGUAAUUAAUGUUAGACAGAAGUCUGUGUUAGAUCCUGAACUUCUGCGUCAUAGGCCACUUCGAUAUGGACAGAGUGUGAAGGCUGAUGACGAGAGAAUCUCAGAAGAAACUAGACGUACACGCUGCUCACGAGUAAUCUUUUGUAUAUUGGAUCAUUUACAAAGAUGGCUCAGAGAACGAAGAUUGUUUCAAGACAAUAGAUAUGAAGCGAUAAAAAAAUUCUGCGCUAGAUUAGACAGUCUGGUAGUGGCGGAAGGUUGUUAUCAAUCACGGGAAUAUCACCGCGCAUUGAUGUAUCUAGAACAACACAUGGCGUCUACUAAUAAAGGUUUAUCAGAAUCAAUAGAAGGUGGUUUACUCGCUAAAAUUUAUGCGCAACUCGAUGAACCUGACGGAGUGUCUGGUAUCCUAGUGACCCAAAGUCAGUAUCCCACUUUGCAACAGUUGGUUUUAGCUCACGAAGUUAAUGGGCAGCUUCAGGACGCAGCUACGUGUUACGAAAGACUUAUGCAAACGAAAGACUCGAAACAUACGUACUUGAAAGGUAUGAUUCAAUGCUAUCUUGGUCUAGAUCAACCGUUUACUGCUAAACACAUCACCGAGGGUCUGUUGACUAACAGCCCAGAAUUAGAGCCUCUUAUAACUGAACGUGAGCUUUUUUGGAGACUUGCUCAUUUCUCUCGGUUUGACGAAUCCUCGCAAAAAAAUAUAAAAGACGUGCUAUUAGAUGAUCUUGUAAAGGGAAUAAAACCGGAUUUGCUGUCGUUAAAAAAAAAUCUAGUAUCGUUAUUAGAAGAUGCUUCUCGACCCGGAGCUUAUCAACAAAGUUAUUCGUACAUUAUGAAAUUACACAUAUUGAAUGAAUUUGAUAAGGCGACUUUAUUAAUGUUAAACAAUGCAGAGAGCUUUCCAGCAAUGCUGGAAGAAUGGGAGAAACGUGGACAAUUGUUAAAAGCAUCUCGCGGCGUAGAAUUUGUUCUAAGUAUGCGUAGAGCCACUUUAGAUUUGGCUGUGCAGCUGCAACGGAAGACUCAAAACACGGAAAAUUUAAUGCUUAAACAAGAAAUUGGAAAAAUUUGGUUGAAGAGUGCCAAAAUUGCUAGAAAGACUGGCCUUCACCAACUAGCAUAUAUGCAUAUUUUAUCAGCCAGUGAUUGGUGCCCACCGCAACCGUUGUAUAUAGAGCAAGCUCAAUUAUAUUGGCAGAAAAAUUGUCAGGAAGAUGCUUUUACCACUUUAAAUCGUUGCUUCUCAAAUUGUUUCCAACCAGCGCAGUAUUACAAACUGUUGCCAUCGGGAGAUUCCAAUGAAGAAAGAAGAUAUUGCGCAAAGGCAAAACUUCUUUUUGCAAAAUACAAUGAUGAAACUCUUAAUGUCGAUACAGAUGGUUGUAUUGUUAACUAUAAAGAAGCAAUCGAGGUAUGGAAAUGCUGGGAAAAAAGCUGGGUGUCAUGUGCUCAAUAUUAUGAUACUAUUGUUGAGAGAAUGUCCGAAGAAGACAGAGAUAGAAAUAAGCGAGACCUGCAAAUACACAUGAUGAAUUUUUACGGCAAAUCGCUUCAAUAUGGCUGCAAGUAUAUUCAUCAUUCAAUGCCUAAAAUGUUGACCAUCUGGUUGGAUAACGCUUCUCGCGCUACAAUCGCUUCUGAUAAAGCAGAUAUUACUCAACUUCGUAGAGAUCGUUUGUCAAAGAUGACUCAGAUCAUGGAGGUCUACCAUCAUAGAUUACCGACGUUCAUGUGGCUGACAGCGUUUAGCCAACUUGUAUCGAGAAUUUGCCAUCCAUCACCGCAAGUACAAAGUACUCUCUGCACGAUUUUAGUGAAAUUAAUUUCAGCGUAUCCGCAACAUUGCUUAUGGAUGAUGGCAUCAGUUUUUAAUUCUUCGUACCCGGCACGACACAAACGAUGUCUAGAGAUCUUAAAUUAUGCGCAGUUGAAAACACCAGACAUGUUGAAACUUAUUAAAGACUUCCACAGACUUUGGGAGAGAUUAAUUGAAUUAUCUAAUAAAUCUAUACCAGAGGGAACAUUAAAUACUACCGUGAGUCAUUUAUCAAAGAAUUUGCCGAGAUUACUAACAAGUAAAGAUUUUAGCUCAAUCAUGAUGCCAACAACGAAAUUUAGACAACUACAUCUUCCAGCCAAGAACGCUUCAGUUGAGAAUCAUAAUCCAUUCUUAUUGAGAUGGGCACACAUAACAAAAAUAGAAGAAAAUGUAGUAAUAAUGCCAUCACUUCAACGGCCACGACGAAUCUCGCUGAGAGGUUCAGAUGGCAAAGAAUAUCUCUUUAUGUGUAAGCCAAAGGAUGAUUUGCGCAAAGACUUCAGAUUGAUGGAGUUUAACGAUAUCGUGAAUAAAUAUCUUCAAAAUGAUCCAGAGUCACGACAAAGGAGGCUUUAUAUACGCACAUAUAGUGUAGUGCCAUUAAAUGAAGAAUGCGGUUUAAUAGAAUGGAUACAGAAUUUGGUUGGUCUUCGACCUGCUAUUAUGAAUCUGUAUAGGGAGAGAGGCAUUGCACCUACAUUUAAGGAACUUAAAACGAUGCAGUGUGCAAUAGGAGAUCCGAUAGAAAAAAAGAAGAAAAUAUUUUUGGAGAAGUUAUUGCCACGACAUCCUUCUGUAUUCGGGGAUUGGUUUCGCAUUAUGUUUCCUGAUUCAUAUGGAUGGUACGAAGCUCGCACGGCAUACAUUAGGACAACUGCUGUCAUGUCCAUGGUGGGAUAUAUACUUGGACUCGGUGAUCGCCAUGGAGAAAAUAUAUUAUUUGAUUCUACAUGUGGAGAUUGCGUACAUGUCGAUUUCAAUUGUUUGUUUAAUAGGGGUGAAAGUUUUGACUGGCCUGAACGAGUACCAUUUCGCUUGACGCAUAAUAUGGUAGAUGCUAUGGGUCCUUUAAAAAUUGAAGGACCCUUCAGACGCGCCUGCCAAAUUACUAUGCGAGUACUUCGACGAGAAUCGAGUACAUUACUGAGUGUACUCACACCUUUCGUCUAUGAUCCGCUCGUCAGUUGGAAUAGAAAUCAGCCUGGAGAAGCAGCUGAAAAGACAAAUGAAAAAGCUGUAGAACAUAUAAAGAAUAUUGAGCAACGAUUGAAAGGCUUCAUACGAUAUUCUGAAAGAAAAGCAGAAAAUAUCGCAUUAAAUCUCAGUGUCGAAGGGCAAACUAAUUAUUUGAUUUUGGAAGCGACAAAUAUAGAUAAUCUGUGCCGAAUGUAUUUCGGUUGGGGUGGAUAUUUGUAAAAAGUGUCGCCGAAAUAGGAUUACAUGCGGAAAAGGAUCUCGCGUUUUUUCAGGUUGUUUACUCAAAUUUUGUGAAAAAGUUCUCUGAGAAUUCUCGGAUUUUCUUAGAAUUUUACUAUUCAAAACUCCAGGUAAGAGUAGAAAAUGUUUAAUGCACUUUUGAAAUAAAUUUAUUUUAUAAAAUAAAUUUAUUUUAUUAUACACAUUUUUAAUAUUCUUCAAUCAUAAAAUCACAAAGAAAAACUACUUAAAUUUUGAAUAUUAAAUGUAAGAAAAUACUAAAAAAAAACUGUAUUUUUUUAUCGAGUGAUAUACGAUUAUUUUAGAAAUAAUCAAGCAUUCAUAUUUUGUUAAUUAUAAAUAUUAUAUACAUAUAUUUUAAGACAGAUAUGUUUAUCCGUUUCAGAUUUAACAUUAAGAAAAACUUCUAUACAUGUGCUGAUGUCUAGAUUAACAUUUUGCAACAAUAUUAUAUGUACACAUAUUUAUUAGUUGAAAAGUCUCAAACUUUGCAUUUUUGUAAUGUUGUAAAAUACUAUAUUGUGAAAAAAUUUCAUAUAUAAGAUUUCAAUACAAAUAAUUGCAAAAAUAUUGCAAUUACAAUGUUAAAAAAAAAGAUGAUUUUAGAAACAUUAAAUGUAAUAAUAGACA